UUUUGUAGAAAUGUGUAGGUGCCAUUGAUGGUACUCAUGUAGCAGCCUCAGCACCCGCUUCCAAACAAAAGACGUUUCGCGGUAGACAUGCAACGGUAACGCAAAAUGUCAUGGCAGCCUGUAAUCAUGACAUGUUGUUUACAUAUGUGUACGCGGGUUGGGAGGGAACAGGCAACGACUCUCGAGUAUUUUUAGAUGCAAUUACAAGAAGCGAAAAUGGGCUGCCUAUGCCUCCUAUCGGUUAUUACUAUGUGGUUGAUGCUGGCUAUCCAAAUGUUCCGGGUUUUUUAGCCCCAUACCGUGGAGAGAGUUAUCACUUAAAUGAUUUUCGAGGCCGAGGGCGAAUACGCAAUAAGCAAGCUUUAUUUAACUACCGACACUCAUCCGUGCGUAAUGUGAUCGAGAGGUGUUUCGGAGUACUAAAGGAAAGAUUUCCCAUUCUUGACAUAUCACGUGGUUACCCAUUGAGAAGACAAGUUCAAAUUCCCAUUG